AGCACCUGGAAAUCAGUCAUCAGCGGAUCUUUACUCUCAAAACGCUCAACGAUGCGGGCGAUGAAGCGGGGUCAAAAAUGCAUAAAGCGUUGUUCAGGGAGACGCUAGCGAUUUUUAAGAUACUUACAAUGCUUUUGUAACUUGAGAAACAGUUUAAAUAAACAAACGGACCAAAACGGGAUUCAUCCAAACACCGAAACCACAGUUUCUGAAUAUUCUUUUCCGUGAGCAGGCUACGUUAACCGACACCCGAGUUCUACAGCCUUGACGCUGUGGAAUACGACUAGGAUGACUGCUUGAUUUCCCUUUCCUAACGCGACUACCUCCACACCGGAUCUUUUCUUUCCUUUCCACACGGCCUGUCUGCGGACUCGCUAUGGUGGAUUCGAAUGCUACGAGAAAGACUUUUGUGGUCCCGGACAUAAAACCCGUGGAUCAAUAUGAUUUCACUAGAGCCAAAAUAUGCGCUAGUGUGGGCUGGCUCUUUGCUAAAUCCUACGGCAAUGCAGAGAAUGUUCCCGCGGAGCUGCGGGAUCCCUUCUACUGCGACCAGUACGAGCAGGAGCACCUAAAGCCCCCGGUCACCAGGCUCCUGCUCUCCUCCGAGCUCUACUGCCGCGCCUACAGCCUCCUGCUGGGCCAGGGCCAGGGGCAGGCGGGGACCCCAGGGGCCGAGGGGACCCCCAAAGACAACGGGGCCCUCCUGCACAUCCUCAGUAAACGCGGGCUGGCCCCCAAGGAUCACAACGUCCCAGUCACAGAUGAAGAUCUCCGACACAAGCCCAUCAAAAUGAGUGCCCACUUGGCACUGAUGGACGCGCUGAUGGCGGUGGGUGCCAUGGAGACGGUGAGCACUGCACGGACGAGAGGAGCGGAGCUGCUGGAGGCAGGAGGAGGAGGAAGCAGCGGCUGGGAGGAGCCCCUACUCCAGUGGGUCAACAGGUUGAAUCAGAAGCUGAAGGAACACACAGAGGGAGUGCUGAGUUCAGACACCAGCUCAGACCCACAGCCCGUCCAGCCCUCUUGUCCCACCCGCUGGUACUGGAAACUUGUUCCUACGCGGUACAGGAAGGAUAGACAGAAGAAGCCCUGCUUCCCGCUGGUGAACGAGGUGAAGGACUUGAGCAGCGGCUGUGCCAUCGGCGCGGUUAUCCACUACUACUGCCCGGACCUGCCUCUGGAGGAGGUGUGUCUGAAGGAGUCCAUGUCGGUGGCUGACAGCCUCUACAACCUGCAGCUGAUCCGUGAGUUCUGUGAGCGCUGUCUGCGCAGCUGCUGCCACCUGGGGCUGGAGGACCUACUCUAUGCCCCACCCCAGCUACAGGUGAACAUCUCAAGCUUUCUGGCAGAGCUCUUAUGGUGGUUUGAGAUCCAGAAACCAGAGUUUGUUCAGCCCCUGCAGGCAAUGGAGUCGGCCGAUGGUCCAGGGAAAACUGAUGGUGGGACAUCCAGUGGGAACAGCUCUCCCUCCCUGUUCAAGAAGCCCUUUCUGCCCAUCUCCUCCCCCGUGUCACCGGUGCCAGGCUCUCUUACUCAGUCUACCUCAAUGUCUCAUGUAGAAGCUGUUGGAAGAUCGUGGACAAAGAAACCAAUCAGCCGUCCCCUGUCCGCUGUGUCCUUCAGCAUCCCCUUCGGUCUGGACAGCGACGUGGACGUAGUCAUGGGCAAGUCGGUGGGCAGCGCCAUCACCCGCUCGGUCAGCUCCGACAACCUGAACCCGACCAAUCAGGGCCUGACGCGGGCGCCCUACACCCCGCCCGAGGACCUCACAUGUCACAUGCUGGGCAAAUUAGCCCGUAUGGCAGCUUCUUACCCAGACUCCCUGCGGGCCUCGCCCAUGCGCCCGUGCCUGCUAGCCGAGGAGAACGGGCUGGAUGAGCUGGACGCGGAGGGGGAAGCCGAGGCGGGCGAGCUGCCCACCAUCGAGGAAGCGCUGCAGAUCAUCCACAACCAGGGCAAGAUGGAGCCGCGGCUGCACCCAGAUGGCGCGCCCGACGGCUUCUACCUGCACUCGCCGGACGAGCCGGCCAACGUGCGCCACAACGGGAGCCCUGCUGCACUGAGCUGCUCUGCCCCCUCUUCGAGGCGUGCUUCCACCGACCCCGAGAGAGCCCCCGCAGACCCCCGGCCCGGCGUCUUAGAUCUCGUACCCGCCACGUCGGCGGAGGGGCUCAGCGCCCCGGCCGGGCUUAGCGGCAGUGGGGGUGACCAGACGCCCGACAGCGGCGUCCGCAUGACCAGCUUCGCCGAAAGGAAGAAGAAGCUGCUGACCCCCUCACCUCAGGAGCCUGACGCUGACCGCUCCGCUGCCGCCCCGACCCGGCGGCCCGAUCCACCUCUAACAUGACCCGCAUUGAAAACGGAAACGAGCCCCGUAGAAAGAACCGGCGUGACCACGAGAUGUGGGCUGGGCCCGUCUGGGAAGCGCCAAGACCAUGAGGCCAAGAAGAAGCGCAUCGAGGCCAUCUUCGCCAAGCACCGUCAGCAGCUGGGCAAGAGCGCCUUCCUGCAACUGAAGAAGGACCGGGAGGGAGAGGGGGAGGACGGCACCAAGGGGGAGGUCAGCGCAUCCUCCACAGAGGAGGACCUGAGCCGCCUGUCGUCCUGCGCUGAGCCCCCACAGCGGCCCCUGGUGGAGCAGGACGGUAAUCAAAAGCGCCGCCGGCCGCUAAGGAGAGGGGAGGCUGGGAGAGGCGCAGCCACGGCAUGGCUCUUGCCCGUGACCAAGCUGAACGCGGCGCUCACCUCGCUGCAGAGCGACAUGCAGCGGCUGGCGCAGCAGCAAAACCAGCUGAUGCACAAGAAGCAGACGCCCGCUGGCGGCGCCCAGGCCUGGGUCAUCCCCCCGAGUCCCAGGUCUCCCGGCCAGCGCCAUCGCAGCGUGUCUCGUGAGCCACCCGCGACUCCCCACCGACCCUCGUCCUCCCCCUCACCGUCGCGGAGGCUGACCCUCCACGCCACCCCGCCCAAGUCCCCAGCAGCCCACCGCCGGGCACAGUCUGCGCCGCCCAAGAGCCCCAAGCACCACCAACAGCAGCACCACCACACGUCGCGGCCGGCUGACCUCAAGGUCCCGGUCUCCACCCGCGUCAUCGUGGCUCCCCAGAGCGUGGACAACAUCCCGCACCUGCGCCGCGUCUCGCCGUGGCAGUGCCGUGACCAGAGCUCCUUGUCUUUCAACAUCGGUCAGCCGGCCUCUGCCGCGCUCCCGCCCGCUGACGCCACGUCCACCCCUUCCCGUGGACCCACACCUACUCCCUCCGUGCUUCACAUACGCACGCCCUAUGCCCUGGACGUCGACGAUGCGGCCUCGGACGUCGGCUCGGCAGUGGGGGACCACGGCGGUGUCUUCAGCCUGGAGCUGGACGGUGCCUCCACGCCGGGUGCCGCCGGACGGAGGGAUCACGCGCCGCUGACGGGAGGCAGCAGCUCUGGCGCACCAUCCGAGUGUUCGUUCGAGAGCGACGUGCCCGCUGCCGCCUUCAAUGGCAAGCGCAGCAGCCUGAUCGAGAUCUCACUGUCGGCACUGGAGGGGCCAGAGGACGAGGCUGACCAGGCCAAUGACCCCUUCUCCGACUCCAUGAGCGACCAGACCGAGCCCGAGGUCAAGCCCGGGGUCGGCUUCUUCUUCAAGCAGGACGAGGCCCGGCCGGAGGAUGAGAUGGCCCAGCGGCGCGCCGCACUGUUGGAGAAACAGCAGAAGAGAGCCGAGGAGAUAAAGAAACGCAGACUGGAGCAGGAGAGAGAGAGGGAGGCCAGCCGGUCGGCAUCAGGAGACGAGCUCCGACCGCAGACGCCAAGCACCCCUCCUCCUCCACGCAGCCCCUCGGCCGAGCGCACGCGGCAGCGGCGCGACGUCUUCACAAGGGAGGAGUACGAGCGGCGGCAUCAGCUGAAGAUCAUGGAGGACCUGGGCAAGGUGCUGCGGCAGAAGCCCACCACCGUGCGCGGCGUCAAGAAGCAGCGCCCCAAGACCGUGUUCCACGACGACUCGGCCCUCUCCCGCAGCCCUGCCAAAGGCCUUCUGGGCUCCAGGUUGAACAAAGUCUACUCUCAUUCCACUAUGAACCUGUCCUCUAUGGCUAAUGACAGUGGGACUCUGACAAUCAGGAAGUCUCCCAGUCGUUCCCACUCGCCGUCAAGGCUGAUGUCACCGGGUCGACUGUCGACCCAUAACGGAGAUCGGGACUGGGAGAACGCCUCCACCAUUUCAUCCCCUGCCUCCAUUCCAGAGUAUACAGGCCCCAAACUGUACAAGGAGCCCAGUUUCAAGUCCAACAAGUUCAUCAUCCACAACGCCAUCUCCCGCUGUUGCCUAGCAGGCAAGGUCAACGAACCUCAGAAAAACAAGAUAGUGGAGGAAAUGGAGAAGUGCAGCGCCAACCACUUCCUGAUUCUGUUCCGGGACAACAGCUGCCAGUUCCGGGCGGUCUACACCAUGAACCCGGAGACGGAAGAGAUGGUGCGGCUGACGGGCAUCGGCCCGCGCGUGGUCAGCCCCGCCAUGGUGGAAUCCAUUUUCAAGUACAGCUCCGACCGCAAGCAGUUCACCGCCAUCCCGUCCAAGACCAUGUCCAUGAGCGUGGACGCCUUCACCAUCCCCGGCCAUCUGUGGCAGAGCAAGCGCCCAGGAACCCCCAAGAAGCCCAGCACCCCCAAGUAAAGAUGUCCCUCGCCACCUGGGCUCCCCUCUAUUCAGCCCCCCUAGCACCACGCCAACACCACCCCAAAACCCCCAACCCCCCCAACUCCCCAUCCUCUGCUCCUGACAUUCUCCAAAAGGUGGAUCUCUCUCUCUCUCUCUCUCUCUCUCUCUCUCUCUCUCUCUCUCUCUCUCUCUCUCUCUCUCUCUCUCUCCAGUGAGGAAGAGGAGGGUGUGCUCGUGCUGGUGAAGGGGUGGGAAGAGGGCGGUGGUCACCUGAAGUCCUAGACAACUCGAAGAAAAAACUGUGUCAUCCCUGGCCUUUUUGUACAUGGGCUACAGCACCCCCUGCUGCUGUGCUCAGGGCAUUGCAGGCCAGGCUCACUGAGGGGCAGAAAUGCAGGCCUCACACACAUGGGGCCACACCCAUGUAGGAACAUCCAAAAAUGAAGGCGAUGAAAUGAUUGUGCAGACGACAAAACAAAUGUCAAGAUGUCAAAUUGUUGAAUGAAAAAAAUAAGUAACCAUGUCCAAAUGCAUCCUGGGAUGGACUGGGCUGGACAUGUCUCUCUUGACUUAGUGUAAGGGCUUUGACAGGCCCUAGUUGCCAUGUCUCCUCCUGUCUUAAUCUCCACACCCUCCCUCAGCACAGGACGCUUUGAGUGGCACCAGGCUGCGGUCCACUGCCACGAUCCGGACAAGCUGGGGAGACCUCUCAUCUGUCACUUCCUCUCUUAACUCUUCCUCUUCUCUCUUUUCCCACUGAUGCUGUUUUACUGCUUCCCUCUCUGUGUCUUUGUCUCUCUUGCUGCUUCUUGUUCCCCCAUUUUAAGCCUGUGGAAGAAAUCAGCUGGGAAGAAAGAGUGCUGGUAUCCACCACCAUCUCCACCACAUUGAAAUGACCCAUGGCACUGCUCUCUACUGAAUGUACUGUGGGGCUUCCCAGCCUCCCACCCUCACACUAUCGCUAAUCAACGGGCUUCUUCUGCGAUGUUGACUCCUCACUGGCCAGUCAGGAUGUGGGGGGAUACCACAGACGGCUCUUCCAACGGGGGCGAUUUCCAGCUGCACUUUUGACAUGUUGGUGUGACACAUGUCAAUCAUCCAAGCCUUGCUGGGCCUGAGGAGAGCAUAUCUGCCGACUAAAAAGUCAGGUUCGGAAUCAUCUUCAUGUAUUUACAUGCCCUCCGUGAUCUUCAGAGUUCGUUUUUCAUCAGAAGAGAGAAACUACCCCAGGAUCUCUGUCCUAAUCAUAGUCAACACUACUGGAAAAUUAGACCAAGCUUUGUACUCUGGCAUUGACUUGACAAAGUGACGUCGGUGGACUUAAGACAAAACAACAACAAAAUCAGAAGCAGAUCGACAACGAUUUCAUAUUUACUCAUCUGAAUCCUGUUUAUUGAUGAUUGUUUUUGAUUUUGACAAUGAUUUGUAUAAAGUGAGGAGACUUUGUAAAGCUAUCAAGCUAGCCUGCUGUUUUAGUUCAAAAGGAUGUGUGAGUGUGUGGGUGUGCAUGGGUGUGGGUGAGUGAGUGUUUGAGGAAAAGGAGUGAGUGUGUGCAAGAGGGAGAGAGAGAGAGAGAGUGAGAAAGAGAAGGAGACCGAGCGAUAGAGAAAGAGAGAAACCAAGUGAAGGAACGAAUGAGUUGCUGUCGAGUCCAAAAUAAAAAAAAAAACUUGAUGAUCUUCCCUCUAUGUAGGGUGAAAUAAACCCUGUGCUGAGCGAACAAGACGUGUCCUCCAUUUUGGAAAUCAAAUCUGCUCUGUCACAUACACUUUUCUCAAAGGUACAUUAACAUGGAGAAACAUCCAUACAUAAGUAGGCACAGGAUUGUUAGACUGGCUCCUAUCUGGAGCCUUCACUUGACCAAGUUUGCGCCAUUGUUGUUUGUCUAACACUAGGCUGCUCUGUUUGUCCUCCGGGUUGUUGCCAUACUCUCGGGCAGUGUGUAGAAGAUUGCUUCCCAUGGUAUAUUACGCUAUAGCUGACCUGAUCUGUCAGUGUUUGCCUGACAGUCAACCCUCACCUCACGAGAGUAGAGCUGAUUCAGACACAAUUAUGUCCUGUGUGUCAGGAAUGGAAAAAAACAAAACAAAACAAAAACACAGAAUAUAGAAGCGGCAUGAUGAGAUGUUAAUAUUUUUCUAAAACACUAUGUGCAAAAUGUCACCAUUUAAUGGUUUGGGAUGGGUGAGUUUGUAAAGUCAGAUGAAUGGUGUGGAGUGAUUGCUCUGAGUGUGUGUGUGUGUGUGUUUGUGUGUGUGCUCUGUCACAUCAGAGUGUGAAGGUGAUUUAUAACUGGAUUCUGUGCAAUUUUCCUGUAGUUUGUCACCCUGGGUUGUAUUUAUUGGGUAGGGAGUAGCAAAAUCUGUUUUUUUAAUGUUUAGUUUCAGAUAUUAUUUAUGUUCUGGUUUAGGUGGAGAUUUACAUUCAUUCAUUUAUUUGUUAAUUUCACAUUUAUCAUCUCCUGACACCGUCAGUGUCUUCACUGCCUCUUAUGUUGUUGCCAUGUCAGUGUCUGUAGUGAUAUCUAUUUUUUGUUUAAAUUGUUCAUGAUUACAAAAAUUAUCCCAGGUGACUGGAUCAAAAGAAUAAAUAAUUUUUUAAUCACCUUUA